CUGCCCCGUGUAUUACCUGUGAACUGAUAUCAUUGAAAGGUUUCAAGAUGAUCAGAAUGUUUGCUAAGCUAAGUGAAGUGGAGCAGAUAUAUAACUUGGAGAUUAGAGAUUCAGACGUGUUCGUGGUCACCUAUCCAAAAUCAGGGACCAUCUGGAUGCAGCAGAUCUUACUGCUUAUAAAAGCUAAGGGAGAAGUUACAGCCUUCACCGAUCCAGACACCGAAAGCAACGGUGAUUUAAUUCCCUGGAUUGAGCUAAAUGGCGGAAUAGAGGCAUUCAUCACGGCUUCGUCACCCCGGCUAAGGGUCAGCCACUUGCAGCCCCAGUUAAUGCCUGCUGCUCUGAGUCAAAAGAAGGGCAAGGUGAUCUAUGUGCUAAGAAACCCUAAGGAUGUGCUCGUCUCCUACUACCACUUCCACAAAUUUGCAGUUUUUUUGGAAACUCCUGCAAGUUUUGAUGUCUUCUUUGAGAAGUUCAUCACCGGUGAUGUGAAUGGGAGCAGCUGGUUCGAGCACAUUAAAACGUGGUACUCUCAGAAGGACAAGAUGAACAUCCUGUUCAUCAGAUAUGAAGACAUGAUUCACGAUUUAAGGUCAGCAGUACAGAGGAUGUCCUUGUUUUUGGGUGAGGAGCUGAAUGAGGAGCAGAUAGCCAACGUAGUGAAGCACAGCACCUUCAAAAGCAUGCAGAGAAAUCCUCAAGCCAGCUAUGAGCGAGUCCCCAACCUGCUGCUCAACCAACAACAGGGGAAAUUCAUGAGGAAAGGCACCAUUGGUGACUGGAAGCACCAUUUCACUGUGGCUCUGAAUGAGAGGUUUGAUCAGGUCUUCCAGAAGGAGAUGAAGGACCUUCCUCUCUCAUUCAUCUGGGACAUUAAUGACGAUGCCUGAUCAGCUGUUUGUCUUGUGAUCAAAGAAGAAGUUACACACAACUGAGGCUUCAACUACAUACAUCAUAAUACACAGAACAACUUCUUACAUCAUCAACUUCUUUGUAAUUCUUAACUGAGGGUGUCUUCCAACAACAUAUAAUGAUUAUAUCUGCAGAGCAGGAAGAGGAUAUUGACAAUAAUAAAUUACAUGUUGUGUUCCACCCCUUGUCCCUGUUUGGUG